ACGCGUGGCAUUGUUUGGGGUCCUUACUGGAGGCUCGGCGCCAGUCUCCCCGGCAGUGGAAGUAAAUACGAGUGAAAUUUAGUAAGAUAUUCUGAGAAAUUAGUUUGUUGAGGAAAUUGGGAUCCCUGGUCGUCCAGCAAUGAACCUCGAACUGCUCGAAUCAUUCGGGCAGAACUAUCCAGAGGAGGCAGAUGGCACCCUGGACUGUAUCAGCAUGGCCCUCACCUGCACCUUCAACCGCUGGGGCACCCUGCUGGCUGUGGGCUGCAAUGAUGGCCGCAUUGUCAUCUGGGACUUCCUCACAAGGGGCAUCGCCAAAAUCAUCAGUGCACACAUUCACCCAGUCUGCUCUUUAUGCUGGAGUCGAGAUGGCCACAAGCUGGUGAGUGCCUCCACAGACAACAUUGUCUCCCAGUGGGAUGUCCUAACUGGAGACUGUGAUCAGAGGUUCCGCUUCCCCUCACCCAUCCUGAAACUGCAGUACCACCCCAGAGACAUGGACAAGGUGCUAGUGUGUCCCAUGAAGUCAGCCCCGGUCCUGCUCACUCUGUCCGACUCCAAACACGUUGUCCUACCUGUGGAUGAUGACUCAGACCUGAAUGUAGUGGCAGCCUUUGACAGACGGGGGGAGUACAUCUAUACUGGCAAUGCCAAAGGAAAGAUCCUGGUGUUGAACACAAACACUCAGGAGCUGGUGGCUUCCUUCAGAGUGACAACUGGCACCAGCAACACCACUGCCAUCAAAUCAAUUGAAUUUGCACGCAAGGGCAGUUGCUUCCUUAUAAACACAGCAGACCGUAUCAUCAGGGUGUAUGAUGGCAGGGAGAUAUUGACAUGUGGCCGAGACGGUGAACCUGAACCCAUGCAGAAACUACAGGACCUGGUCAACAGGACCCCGUGGAAGCGAUGCUGUUUCUCCGGUGAUGGUGAGUACAUUGUGGCCGGUUCAGCCAGGCAGCACGCACUCUACAUAUGGGAAAAGAGCAUCGGCAACCUGGUGAAAAUCCUGCACGGAACCAGAGGAGAGCUCCUGCUGGAUGUUGCUUGGCAUCCUGUCCGUCCAAUUAUUGCUUCCAUCUCCAGUGGAGUGGUGUCCAUCUGGGCUCAGAACCAAGUGGAAAAUUGGAGUGCCUUUGCUCCAGACUUUAAAGAACUGGAUGAGAAUGUAGAGUAUGAGGAGAGAGAGUCUGAAUUUGACAUUGAGGAUGAAGACAAGAGUGAACCUGAGCAGACAGGUGCAGACGCUGCAGAGGAUGAAGAAGUGGAUGUCACAUCUGUUGACCCCAUAGUUGCUUUUUGCAGCAGUGAUGAGGAGCUGGAGGACUGUAAGGCCCUGCUGUACCUUCCCAUUGCCCCUGAGGUUGAAGAUCCAGAGGAAAACCCCUUUGGCCCCCCACCUGACGCAUCGACCCAGGCUGCUGCCCCAGAGGACGCAUUGGCAGGCGGCGACAAGAAGCAGAGGCAACCUUCAUCUGAAGGAGGGCCAGCCAAGAAAAAGGCUCGCACCACGACUAUUGAACUGCAGGGAGUGCCCAGUGACGAGGUGCAUCCCCUGCUGGGUGUAAAAGGGGAUGGAAAGUCCAAGAAGAAGACCGCAGGCCGGCCCAAAGGCUCCAAAGGUAAAGACAAAGACUUCCCCUUCAGGCCCAAGCCCUACAGGGGUGAACGGCCCUCCUUCCCAGUGGACUCUCUGGGCAGCUCUGGCCCAGGAGGAGGAGGAGGAGGAGGAGGGAUGAAGGGCAGAGCAGAGGUGGGCCUGGCCACAGCAGGGAGCCUGGUCUCGCAGUCGUACAAACAGCAUGACAUUGGAGGGAUGGACUGAUCACUGCAGUGUACAGUUGUCAAGAAUCACCAACAGGCUUAAACAAAGAGACACAAAGCCUGAUGUCAUGUACAGACUGUGUAAGCGAGCAGCCUCUUUGAUGUGCGGACUGUUUCCUCUUCCAACCAGAGCACAGUGUCACAGGAGAACUCCUCAGGCCGGAUGACUCGAGACGACGGGGAGCGUGAAGCAGCCGAGUCGUCACAGUAGAGAUCACGUGUCCUCUGCCUCUGUAGGAUUCAUCAUGUAUAGUACCGUGUCCUGAUAGUGUGUGUGUGUUGUUUUUUUUCUUGCUGUUUUUAUACGUAUUAAAACAUUUUGAUUUAUAAAUACCUAA